AUGAAAGAGGACGGCAGACAAGGCAGCAAAAUGGAAUCCAUUUGGUCACACGGCCUGAAGAUCCCAGUGUUGGACAUCACUGCAUUGCCCGACGAACCGUGGAGAACCCGGCAAUACUUUGAAGCCGCCCAAAGGGCCAGGCGAGAACCGGCAGUACCAUAUUGGCUCCCAGGAAGAACCUGGUAUGAGGAGCCUGGGUACCCAAUGUCCCAAGGAACGGAGAGUGAUAUUGCGUGA